CGCGGCACUUCCUACGUACCUUAAAAUCAAGAGGCCAAGGAUCGCGCUUUUUGAUCAAAUCCAAAAGACCCCACCGAGCGACUGUGAAGACUCACCUUACCGCCACCGCUGCUUGUUUUCUCGUCAAAUUCUUCCAAGUCCCAUUCACCCCUCUCGCCUUGCCUAUUCAUUUCUCGCGAGCAAACGCGAGGCUCACUUCCUAGCUCGUGCCACCCACUGGGCGCCUCAACUUUAGCAAACAACUCAACCGCAAGGCUCAUACUCCAGUCGCCAUGGCCGACAUGUACAGCAGACGAAACAAGAAGCCAAGACUACUCACCGAAGCAGAGAGAGAGCGGCUUGAGGAGUUCCUCGAACACAUUCACUAUUCCGCCAGAUAUUCGGACGAUGAAAAUGAAUACCGCCAUGUGCAGUUACCGAAGCAGAUGCUCAAAAUUAUUCCCAAGGACUACUUCGAUCCUUCCACGGGCACGCUGAAAUUGCUUUGGGAAGAGGAGUGGAGAGGCAUUGGCAUCACUCAAAGCCUAGGGUGGGAACACUACGAAGUUCACGAACCCGAACCACACAUUCUCUUGUUCAAGCGACCAAUCAACUAUCAACCACCCGUUCACGAUCAGUAAUUCACUUUACCUUCUUCUCGAGUCUUUUACAUUCCGAGCUUCGUUUAUUUCGGCUUCUAGAAUCUCAUUGGCGUAACAAGAGGGAUCGAAGAAAUUCUCCCAACUGGCAAAAAACUCCACCGUUCUCUGCCUAGCCACGGGGCUGUGACGAAACGCAGAUGAGCUGUAUUUGCUUGAUUUAAUAUCCAAUUAGUCCGCC